AUAAAAAAGGCUGGUGGGGAAUGAGUUAAAUGUCACUAUCAAAUAAACGAACACCUGACUUUUUAAAAUGGGGAUAUUCAAUUUAAUAAUCAAAACUUCUUAAACACAUUGUUCCUGCCUCAAAAAUAUGCAUUACAUCCAUUUUCAAAAAAUAAAUUUUCAUGAGCUUGUUUUGUUAUCGAACCAAACCCUGAUCUGAUGGAAAUUUUUUACUAUUUUAUGACUAAUUUGCAUGACUUCGUACAAUGUAAAAUAUAAAAAAACGGCCCCCUGAGUUAAUGAGGCGAAAUCAAAUCGUACUAUAAUGUGCGUAUUGUACAAAUUCAUAUGAAUAAGCCACAUCAUAUAAUAAAUUCCAAACUGCUGUGAGACCGUGUAUAAGAUGUUUUUUUUAUAUAACUUCAUAGUGCUGGAGUAUGUUUUUAUUACAUUGCAUACAUAUUUUAGAUGAAUAUUGUAAGUGUGUUGGAAGUAAAUAGGUCAUUUAUUAACAAGAAGUGAGUUAUAAAGUCGCCACAUGACUGAUACUGCUGUUACCAAUAUAAAGAUCAAGGUUUAUUUGAUUUUCACCACAGCUGCAUAGCGAGACAAACUCAAACCAGCUCACACCCUUCGUGUAAAGUCAUCCAUGCAAACUUAUACAAGCAGAAAUCAAGCUAUCACUUUCCAAAGUCAAACCGAGCUACAAUAACCACUGAAACCUGACUAUUUCUCAUCUCUCUUUAUGCAGUGUCUUCACUGCCUGGCCCCUUGUCGCUGCCCGUGGAGGCUGGCAUCAGGGCCAGCUGAUGCCACAGCAGAUCUGAGGCAGCUGCAUUAGUAGAAGCGGAGACAUGCAGCUUAGCAAUGCACCUGCAGUGAGUCGCAGGAGGAGAGGAAACCCGGACAGUCAAGGGCUGUUAGGUUUGCUGAGCGUGUGCGCUACAUUACUGCAAUUAUGCACUGGCUGUCCUUCAGAGUGUAUCUGUAACUCAUUGGAAGUUAACUGCAGUGGGCGGAGCCUAGUAUCUGUGCCAGCUCUGACCUCUGUCCCGGAGGGCACACGCAUCAUCAACCUGACCAAUAACCGCCUUGCCUCCCUGCCCGUGUCUGCGUUCGCCAACCUGAGCGCUCUGGAGACACUCGACCUGUCCAACAACUAUCUGGACAACCUGCCUUCCAGACUCUUCCGUGAGCUGGGCAACCUGAGCGAUUUGAGUUUGCGGAACAACAGUCUGACGGUUUUGGAUCGCGAGCUGUUUCGUGGCAUGACCCAGCUGCGGAGGCUGGAUCUGUCUCUGAACGGCCUGGCCGCAGUGCCGCUGGGCCUGCUGGAUGAGCUACAAGGGCUGACCUGGCUUUCUUUGGCUGGGAACAGACUUCACGCACUAGAGAGAGCCACGUUUGAGCCCCUCACCAACCUUCAACACCUGGAGCUGGGCAUAAAUCCUUGGGAGUGUGACUGCAACCUGAGAGACUUCAAACACUGGAUGGAGUGGCUGAUAUAUCGAGGUGGUUACGUCGAUGCGGUUGAGUGUACGCUUCCGAAAGACUUAAGGGGCCGUGACAUCAGGAGUGUUCCUGUGGAGAUGUUCAACUACUGUCUGCAAUUGGAGGAUGAGAAUGGGGGCGGGAAUGCGAAGGGCAGAUCCCCACCGUGCGUUCGGGCGACGGUCGUUCCGUCGGAAGGCGCAGCGGUGCGUACGGAGGCGGAGCUACCGGACUGCGUAAAGCAACGAUAUCGACCAGUCAGCGUGCGUAGGGCGAUCGGUACGGUGGUGAUCGCCGGUGUCGUCUGUGGGAUCGUGUGUAUUAUGAUGGUAGCGGCGGCAGCGUACGGCUGCAUUUACGCCUCCCUGAUGGCAAAAUACCAGCGAGAGCUGAAGAAACGGCAACCGUUGAUGGGUGACACGGAGGCAGAUGCCGACCCGGAGGAGAAACAGAUCUCAUCGGUUGCAUAGGGCAAAUGGGGACAGGGAUCAGAGGUCAUGCCACAAAUAUAAAGAACCCUUAACUGGUUUAACUGCCCAGUGAAGGACUCGUCACACCUGUUUCCUAAUUCUCUGUCCUUCUUGAGACCCUCUCAGACACUUUAUGACCUUUAUGCCCCAGGACAAGAGGGACCAUUCGGCACUUUAGGAGCCCCCAACGUUGAGAGCUUCUCAGCAGUGGAGGCGUGAAUGCUACUGUUGUCCACAGUACCCUAAUGUUUUUUAGAGGAUAAUGUGCUGUCAUUAGCAUUAGCCUCUGUAGCAGUCUAACAAUCAACUAACCGUCCCAAUACUUAUCUGUUUUUCUAACCCUAAUACCUUACGACCCUAAUCGUAACCCGUAGCCCUAACUCUGUGUGAACUGAGCAUCAUAACCCCUGUAUAUCAUAUUUCCAAAUUAUUUAUCAGAUAUUUAUGAUAUAUGCUAUACAAUGUGACGUGACCCAAUUUUUCAUGUUUUUCAGCGUGAGGUUUGUCCUUUGUAUCGUGUGCUAAAUCAUUUGUGUUGACACGGGUUUAUUUCGUUUGUUUGUUUCGCCAUGUCCAUCUCUAGUGGUUAUUUAAUAAGACUAGAAGAAACCAGCCCUGACGUCUAUUGUGAAGUGUCUUGAAGUAUUGUGCAGUGCUAAUAUAGGGGAGGCUCUGUUGAUGUUAGUGGCAGAUCUUGGCUAUUAGAAACGGCUAUUGGAACUGUUUAUUACACCUUGAAGGGUGAAGAAAGCCCAGUGGCCCUACAGUAAAGCUGCCCUCAAAAGACAACAGCUGAGAUAAGCAUUUAAACGUUACUUUUUAUUAAGAUAGACUUUAACUGUGCAAUAUAAAUCAGUGUCAUAGAUGAUUUAGUGAGAUAUCUUCUCUUAAAGCUUGUGGCGCAGGAGGAUCAAUAGCCUCUGUGUGAUCAAUUUUCGGCUUGUGGACCAAUUUGCAUAAUCCACUUUUCGUUGAGGAGAAAUGCUGUUUUUAGAUAAUUCAAUAAUUCAGAUCCAUUUGACUUCGGCUUUAAGAAACCCAAAGACAUUGUCAAUAUAAGCUAAUCUGCUGCAAUCAACUUUUGGACAUUUAAAGCUUAUAAAUAAAGGGUGGAGAGGAAAGGAAAAUAUGUCCAGAAUUAGCCGUGCACAAUCUUAAACUGAAACGAUGUAUUUUUCCUUAUUAACAUUAUUUCAUUCAUAUGAGACUUAUAUUAAAAUGCUGCUAAUGAUAUCAAGGGCAACGCUAUUAUUAAGUGUUUUAGCACAAUGCUGCCAUCUAUAGGAGGGAUGUGCAAUAAGCACAAGGGUGUAAAGCAAACAUCACACCACUUCAUCAGGAUUUAGGAGAUGCUGUACUGCUGUAACUAUAGCAACAAACACUAUCUCCCCCACAUAAUUCAUUACCAAUGCAAAUUACUGGUAAGGUUACUGGCAAAAAGUUGUUUAAGAAAGUGCGUGCUAUGACCCACAUCAGCAUUUGAAAGUGUAGGAUUGUGUCUCUGUGUUUGGUGAUAUCAUAUCAUAUUCCACAUGCAGAUACACAUUUAUUCAAAUGUAUGUUGAAUAUAUGCAUAUAUUUUAGUAUGUGUCUUAGGUCUUAGUUUAUUUAUGAAUAAUAACUUUGCAAAAAAUUUGUAUGAACUUUACCCUGUAACCGUUUCCUGUGCAAAUUUUUUUUUUGUCAAGGGACUCCAAAAAAGCAUGCUUUGGCCACGAAAUUAUCCAUUUUUGAAACGCUCGUGAAUUAUUAAUGAGAGAGGUUUGGACAAAUGAAAGGUUUUGCCGUUGUUUUUUCAUUUUUCAACUCUUAUGUUAUGCGGCAUGUGUCAUAGGCCUGCGCUCUGCACUGGGCGACAAACACAGAACAGGUAUCCUCUGUUUAAAAAAGCACUUUUGCCACUUUUGGACUAAUACUUUCCUGUCAAAUUGCACUUAUUGCGAAUAUUUUUAAACGUAAGCACAUGCUUGUUUAUUGACGAUGUGCUUUAUCUGAAUAUAAGCUGACAGAGUGACGCGUUAUGUAAUAUGUCAUUGAAUAUGAGCAAGGACUCAGCUGGUGUGUGUUGUACUCUCUCCAGGGACAUAACAUCACACACUACACUAGACGCCGUUGCUAAAUAAAGGCUUUCUAAAUCCUGUUGGAUGGUUGAAGGAAAGGAUUUGCCCGUCUGAUUGAACUGCAAGCAUCUUCAUGAAGUUCUGGUUUAAUAUCUUCUAGCUUAUUGAUGUGUCCUAUUCUUCACUUGACAUUUUUUCUAAGACUGAUAUGAGAUCCUUCUUUAUAUUUUCGCUUGAUAAAAAUGAGUUUGAAAUUAUAAUUUGUGAGCUGUGAUAUAAUUCUGUGUUAAAAAUGAAUAAAGAAUGUAUUUAUGUAAAGGCUGACCUGUGAGAUUUAGCAAGCACACGCAUAUUCACACACACAUACAUGCACAAAAUAGUCCACUCAUAGUGAAAUAAAAUAAUGUUUUUUUUUUCAGAUUUACAAACAAUGGAGUGAGAUGAAAACUCUAAGGUGGAAAAACCAAGCUAGUGGUCAAGGUUUGGCCUGUUAUUAUGGCCUAGUCUGUAUCUACAUUAUUAUGGUGGCAAGAAAAGGUGGCUUUUUCAUGGAUAGUUGAUUUAAAAGUAGCCCUGUGUAUUU